CUCACUUCUUGUUUGGAACGUGACCACACGCGCUUUGCUACAUCUUGCUGAAUUAGUGCCGAACCUGAAACCCCGAAGCCUUGGCACAGUACGCCGGGACUACUUUACUGGACUAAAACCUCAAUUGUUAAAAUUCCGUGUUAAACUCUUCUAGUCGGUGCUCGUUGACGCUUCGCGUGUUGUCCUAGCUAAGCUUAGCUUACUAGCUGCUAACAAAGAGACGCGUUUGACAUCGACACAUCGUUCAACAGAGAUCAAGUGUGAGCGUAAAGUGUUGUGAUUGUCGUGGGAAAAUGUGUGCAAGAAGGACAGCGGAGUACGAGGGGGAACUUUGUAGAACAAAAGAGGAGAACCAGCGACAAAGUCAACUACUGGAUGGUGUUAGGUUACACCCAGCAGAUGUUAGUGAAGAUCUUCGUCCUCAGCGGCUGGAGCCAGCAUCCCCGCACAUUAAGGAGGAAGUGGAGGAUGAAGAGCUCCCCCAAAUUAAAGAGGAGGAGGAGCUGGAGUUCCUUUAUGAUAAAGAGAAGGAAGAGCGUCCUAAAAUGAAAGAGGAUAAGUCAGAGCACCCUCACAAUGAGGAGCAGCCAAAGACCCCCUACAUAAAAGAGGAGGAAGAGCCCUCAAACAUUAAAAAGGAGGAGUAUAUCACCAAGUUUGCAUCGACUGGUGUCCCUUUGAAGAGUGAAGAUGAAGGUCAGCGUGAGGAGAACAGAGGGGCGGAGCUGCCAAGCAGCAGCUCAAGUCAACACAUGACAACAAAAGGUGAAGACCACUGCGGAGGAUCACAAGCAGACAGGCUCUUAGCUCCACUAUCAGAUAGUGACGGCACAAUGUCACACUCUCCUGACACUGAUGAUGAUGUACAGUCUGAAUGUGAUAUGACAUGUCACACUGACAAAAAACACUGGAAAUGUUCUAAUUGUGGGAAAACGUUUGUCAACAAGUCUCUUUUGAAAAGUCAUUUGAUGAUCCACACUGCAGAGAACAUUUUUGUAUGCUCAGAUUGUGGUCAAACGUUCUCUGAAAACAGAUGUUUAAGAAGACACACAAGAACGCACACACCUUAUACCUGCUCAGUUUGUGGUAAAAGAUUCACUGAGAAGGGACAUUUGACAACUCACAGUGGAACCCACAGUGGAGAGAGACCUUUAGCUUGCUCAGUUUGCGGUCGAGCAUUCACUCAGAAGGGACAUUUAAAAACACACACAAGAACACAUACUGGUGAAAAACCUUUUGCCUGCUCAGUUUGUGGUCAAACAUUCUCUGAAAACAGAUAUUUAAGAAUACAUACGAGAGCACACACUGGGGAGAAACCUUAUGCCUGCUCGGUUUGUGGCCAAAGAUUCUCUCAGAAGGGACAUUUGACAACACACAGACUAACACACACUGGAGAGAAACCUUUAGCCUGCUCGGUUUGUGGUCAAAGAUUCGCUCAGAAGGGACAUUUAAAAACACACACAAGAACACAUACUGGUGAGAAACCUUUUUCCUGUUCAGUCUGUGGUCAAACAUUCUCCCUUAAGGGACACUUAAAAAGUCACACAACAAUACACACUGGUCAGAAACCGUUUGCCUGCUCAGUUUGUGGUCAACGAUUCUCUGUUAAUGGAAGCUUAACAAGACAUGCAAAAACACACACUGUAGAAAAGCCUUUUGCCUGCUCUGUUUGUGGCCAAAGAUAUACGCUUAAGGAAAGCUUGAAAAGACACACAAGAAUACACACUGGAGAGAAUGGUUUUGUCUGCUCAUUUUGUGGUAAAAAAUUCACCCAGAGGGGAAAUUUGACAAGACAUAUAAGAAAACACACUGGUGAAUAACAACUCCCCUGCCAAGUUUGUGGUCAAACAUUCUUUGAAAAGGCAACUUUUAGAAAACACAAGAACACACACACUGGAGAAAAACCUUUUGCCUGCUAAGUUUGUGGCAAAAGAUUCUCUCCAGAGAAACUUAAGAAGUCACACAAGAACUGACACUGGUGAGAUGGCUUUUUCCUGCUCUGUUUGUGGACAGAGAUUCUAUCAUCAAGGUGUGGUUAAGAGAUACAAGCGUGCUGGUCAAAAUAGCAGUGAUCUAUGAAGUAUUAAAUGUAAUUGUAAAUGUUUAAAUGGAAGGGUAUUGUUUUGGAAGACGUUUCGCCUCUCACCUAAGCAAGAUGGCAAGACGCACCUAAGGCUCGAUAGGAAAGCUCUCACCUCUGGUUAGAGCUAUUCUAUUUUGCCUAGGUGAAUGUGCAACGUCCGCUAAGACAAACAGAACGGUUCACUUCGGAUUGAUUCGAUGUCUAGAAAAUGCAAUGACUAGGAUGAAUGAGAACAUUCACAGGCAUAGAUGUUUAAUCUUCAAACUAAUGACUGUGACAAUGACUUUAAAAAAUGUUGUGUUUUAUUUACCUUCUUGUUUUUUUGUCAAGCUUCUUGUAGUCUAUGUACCUCCUGUAAAGCCUCGUGUCGACGAGUGUUAAGAAUCAACACCAGUGCUAAAUACAUUUGCUUCGGCCAAUGUUUUUGUGACGUCCACAUCAAAUGAUCGAAAUGUUUGUGAAUGACUGAGACUAAACUUUACAUAUAACAUAUACAGGUAAAACAAACGCGAGUGCAACGAAACAAAGGGCUGAAAGUGAAUUGGUGGCUGUGGCUCUCUUUACCCACAUGCCAGUGAAUUGCAGUACCUUAAAGAUCCCGUAAAAGGACCAAAAUGUAAUUUGACAGAGAAGUGUUGCUCACGACUGCCAAAAUGUACAAAAAAAAUUCGAUAAGGCCCCCAAAUCAUAAAAAAUAUACCCUGCCCUUGAGCUGCAGGACUGUGUGGGCAUGUCUGCUAAAUGUUCCGCUUCAGUUGUCAAUCAAUGUGCAUGUCUCAGACAGUGUGUGGCUCACACAGUCACAAAAUGACUGUUGCUGUGUCCAUUUAACAAUUAACUUCCCCUGAAAUGUCGCUGUUGUGUGGACGGACUCACGAAACAAAACAAGUGAGAUGGUGACUUCUUACUUGUACAAGAGCCAAUGUCAUACUGAG